AUGGCAUCAGCUAGUUUCUGUGAUCCUUGCUCUGAAGCUGAUAGGUCUUUAACAGCAACAAAGUAUUGCUCAGACUGUGAAGAAAGACUUUGUACAGACUGUGCCGUAUCUCAUUGUCGAUUGAACGCAUUUAAAUCUCACCAUGUUAUUGACGUGUUGUCAAUCGGCACCAAUACUCUGAUAUCUACGAAAAAAAACUGCCACGUCCAUUCAGAUAUGCUGUCGGAUUAUUUCUGCACAGACCAUGAGAUCGUAUGCUGUAGAGCCUGUAUUUCCAAUGAACACUGGGUUUGCAAGAACGUACUUCCAAUGGAACUUGCCUCGAAAGAUGUUAAAAAGUCUGCACUGUUUAAUGAUGUUAUGGAAGACAUGACGCAUCUUAUUACAACAUUUAAUGCUUUAAACGAUAACAGACAGUCGAACUUACAAUCAAUAGAGAAAUGUAAACCAGCAGUAACUAAGCAAAUCGCAGCAUGGAAAUCAAAAUUGUUGAAACAAAUUGACGAGUUGGAACAUGAACUAACUGUCAGUUUUUCAUCUCUGCAACGAAAACAUGAAAUGGAAAUCAACAAGCAAAAGCAAGAAAUAUCACAAGUCUUGGUCGAUGUUAUAGAAAAUAAGAACGAAAUGAAUUUUUUGAGAGAACAUGGAUCAAAUAAUCAGCUCUUUAUAUAUUUGCAUCAACAAGUAGCAAAUAUUCAUAGCGCCGAGGCCAAAAUUCAGGAGAUGGUAUUCAAUUCACAAGAAAUUGAUAUAACCUUUAAUGAAAAGAAAGAUGUCAAGCUUUUAGAGUAUGUUCAACCAAGUCAAAUUCAAUACAAACCAAGGAAAUUUCAACAGGCCCAGAUAAUUGCAGCACCAAUGAAACGCAUUGUAGGGUUUGAGAGGGAUACUGAAGUAAAACUUAAAACUAAGGUGAACUAUGCUCUUCGAUCUGUAUCAAUAACAAAUGAUAAUAAACUACUCCUCACUAAUCCUUCGUCAGCAGAACUGAAAGUGUAUGUCUACAGAGACUGUAAAGAUUAUGAGACAGAGAUAACAAUGUCAUCUCGACCUUUUGAUGUUGCUGUGAUACCCGGAACAGACAGAGCUGUUGUUACCUUGCCCGACGAGAAGUCUAUACAAUUUAUAAACACCACAACGAUGACAAAGGACAACAAAGUUGACGUUGGAUUUACAUGUUAUGGUAUCACUGCUGGAGGAGACAGAAUAUACGUUGGUGGUGAAGGUGGUUAUAUCAAAACAUUAGACAACAAUGGAAAAAUUCUAAAAACAAUUCAACAAGGAACUGAUUAUAUCAUUUUCAUGGUAUACAAUAAUUUACAUGAUCAAUUAAUUGUUAGAUGUCGUGACAAACUAUUUUGUGUCCAAUUGGAUCGAACACUUAUACACAGUAAAUAUGUUUCCGGAGUAGCAGGCGUAGCACUUGACCGACAGGGAAACAUAUAG